ACUUUACGAUCUGGCAUCAUUGUAAAUAUGGCGUCGGAAGAAGUUGCAAGUGUUUUGUAGCUGCUGCAUUUUUAAUAAAUUUUUGGUGAAUAAUGUACAUUUAAGUGUAAAUAUUUUUAGAAAAGUGUUAUUUCAUAUCCCUGCCAUCGAAUUGCAAUUAAUAGAAUUUCUUCAACGGCCAGAAAAGUGGAAGAAAACGAAUUAAAAUUUUGCAAAAGUGCUGCUGCAGUGGCCAACGAAUAUAUGAAUCGAAUCAAGGAUUUAGUUGUCAAAACAUUAUAAGCAGCCACCGCGAAGAACAACAAAAACAAUAACACAACGACGACGUCGUCAACAAGAAAGAAAAAAGAAGUCAAAAGAAAAGUAAAAAAAAACAAUUGCCAAUACGAACGAAAUCAGCAAGCCAACGACUGUGUGGCAGCGAGUGGGCAGAAUUCAAAGUGGUUCAAAGGCAGGUGUCUGAUGGUUGACGUUGGUGUUUCGCUUAGACAGCUUAGACAUAAACAAGAAUAAUUAAAUAACCUCCAUGGAGUAAUUAACAAGAAAGCAAAAAACGAACGCCAACAAGAAAAAAAGUAGAAAAGUGAAGAAAGUAAAAGAAAUUAGUAAUUGAUUGUAUUUCACGACGUGGAAUGUUCUGAUAGCUCAAAACCGCAAUGUUUUUGUUAACAAAAUGAGUUCUUCUCUGGCAAGUUCAAACCAAACGGUUCCUGUUUCCACAAUGGCUGGGUCCAAUAGCGUAUUGCCCAGUUUGAUAGGCAGUCGUUCAAUUCCACCUGCGGCAGCCGCCGUGUCCUUACAUCCUCAAAUGGCUGCUCAAUUUCGGGAAAUUCACAAAAACACUUGGCUAAAACGUUUGACAGCUGAAGGAAAGAAAAUUUGUGUCGGUCCAAAAAAAUGCGAACGCAGCUGGGUUGUGUUCUGUGUACAUGACGACACCGAGGCGUUGCUGGAGGGAUAUGCCGAACCCAGACAAGCGCCAUCACACAAUCCCGAAUGGGUUGUAUCACUGCAGGAUACAUUGCACAUUUCACACGCACUAAUUCCAAACUCACAUGAAUUCGAAUUUGUUGUCACGCUUAGCAAUGAAGUGUUGCGUUUUCAUGCUAUGUCAUGGGAUAUUAUGCAAGAAUGGGUCGAAACAUUGCGCUCAAAAUUGAGGGAAAUGAAAAUACUUUCCCCACGGGAAAAUCUCUAUACAAAACUGCCUGAAGUUCGACUUCCUCUAUUACCAACAAGGGAUCCUACAUCGCCAUUGCCAGCACCACCGCCAGUUCCAGCUGCAAUAGUGCCCGGUGUAGAAAGAAUUAUACCGCCUAGUCUCCAACAACAGCAGCAACAUCAAAAUACAGCCAGUGCAAACGACAAUAAUACUACUGACGAAGCUCAAAAUGAAACCGAUAAUACAACAGCAGUGUCAACUUCCUCUAGUACUUCCACAAAUGAUAGAUUAAGUAUUAAUUCAACUACAGUUAAUAGUAUACCGUCCACCACAAAUACCAUAUCAACAACAUCAUCCAACUCUUCUUCAUCGGUGAGCAGCACGAACGUCAAAAAUAUUGCAACGACAUCCACUCCACUUCUAACAUCUAUGUCCAACACGUUAACCCAAAACUUAUUGAAUAUGUUAUCGGAUCCAAUAAGCGCUUACAGUGAACAAAUCAAUGACGCCAAUUCAUCAUCUUCUUCCGUUGAUUUGGACGAAAUAUCAAAUGUAACAACAAAAGCAUUAACUUUAAGUUUAGAAAGCGGAGACUUAGAUUUUAGUGGUUCUCAGGCAGCUGACGAGGAAUGUAUAGGACCUUUGUUACGAAAACCCAAUGUUAAUCCUGGUGACUUCGCUAAUUUUGCAUGUGGCAGCUUCAAUAAUAACAGCGUUCGUUUGGAUGUACUUUCAGCACAUCGGGCUUCUGCUGAUCAUGUUCGCAAUCUAGAAAAUAUAUUACAAUGUGAGCGACGUAUUCCAAGGCCACAAACAUCUCGAUCCCUCUCAGUGGGAGCAGUCGAUGUUUCUAGCAAUCAAUUGACGAAGCAUUGUCAUAAACCCGAAGUCACACCAACUAAUGAUACUCACCAACCAUUGGUUGUGGCCAAUUCGAGCUGCCGUGGCAAUAAUGUCACAGAACUAGAAGUCAAUUCAGACUUUGAAACGCAGCUGGCGACCGCUUCAUCGUCUUUAGCAGACUCAAAAACAAAUAUCACAAUAAUACAAGUCUCUACAAAUAUGAUUAAUGGUGAUAAAACUUCCACUUGUGAUAGCGAUUACGAACCUCCUGAAUUGCCGCAAAAGACAUCAAACGCUGAGAUAUUCACAUUCCCUGAUACCCAUAUAGCGUUGGCAGCCACAUCACUAAAACACGCCAAGCAAUUUGAAUACAAGAGUAAUGUACAAAUCAUUCCGUCCAGUAGUACUAGCAAUAGUAGUAAUAGUAACAUUAGUCAACAACACAAUAGCAGCACAAUUCAAGUAAUAGGGGAUGUAACAGCCGUGAAAUCGUCUGUGGGUGGUAACCAGUAUACAACACCAGCGAAGAAAACCACAUUGGCUUCAGUAGUGCCAGCAUCUUCAACAAACGCUGACCAAUGUAAGAUUACUACAGUCCAUGUAGCUGGUACUGAUAACGCAUAUGGCACUUGCUUCACACCUCCAUCGAACAUGUGCUCGACAUCGGCACCUCAAUCGUCGUCCACUCCCAAAAUGCCCAAGAAAAUUAUUUUAUCAGCAAAUACAUCUGGUGUCACAAAUAUAACUGUAAAUAACUCAAAUGAAGCCUCAUCUGUGGCCAUGCGAAGGAGUUCUGUGAAAGAAGAGGUCGAAAAGACAGCGAAACCAAACAAUCGAAAUAACUCAAUGCAUUAUGAAAAAGUAUUCCUAUCAUCAACGGCCAAUGCGACUGUUGACAUCGAAUCACCAACAUCGUCAACAUCAAAUGCCUGCCUUACUUCGGAAAACAUUGGUGCUGCGUCAUCUUCAUCUUCGCAACAACAGUCACAUGCAUUGACACCGAUGUCACCGAAAUGGAACUCACCUCUCAGACACGCCAUGCAAAACAAAACAAAGGUAGAUUUAGGUCCAUUGUCGCCUAUCACAAAGUCUUCAGUCAUCAAUGGUGUCAGUGACAAGAAGCCAAAGGGACAAACAAUAAAACCAAGCAGUCUUGAACAGCCAGAGAGUCGUGUGAAAUCAGGAAGUCAAGUUCCAUCUGAUCAGCCGAUUACUUCAAAUAAAAUGGCUAGUCCGGCACUUCAAAGAAGAAGAAUUGUGUCUCCAUCCAACGCUCCACCAGGGCAAAUGCCCAGGCCCCCAUUUCUCUUAAGAAGAGGUCUUACCGAGGCAGUGAUAACCGCAAGACCUAGUCGUCGAGAUUUCCAUGUGCUUAAUAAAAUGUCAUCAUCCAAAACGAAAAACACUCCGCCUUCGACAAAUGUCAGCAGCAAAUCCAUCAUCUCGAAUUCUAAUAACAAUGGUGAUAUUCCUGGUCCAUCUGCAGUUACACAAACACCUACGCACGUGGCUAUAAAUCGAACUGCAUCUGAUGCGGUGGAACAACGCAGGCGUAGUUCCUCGACUUCUGAUGCGCAAGGACAGCGUAACUCACGUGGAGCUAACAACAAUGAAUUCUCAAAUCGAUCUAAUCCAGCGACGGGGGGAAACCCACCAUUGCGACAACCACCGCAACCUUUUCGAAUAAGCGAUAACAUUUUGGGUGGAAGUCCAGGCGGCCACCAUAAUAGCACGGCGUCCCCAACAAAAAGAAUGACCUUACGCGAACAACAAGUAAUGCAAUUGCGUCGUGAAAUAAUGCAUCCUGGAGGUGUGCGCUUACAGUUACGACGAAAAGACUGUGUUGGUUCAAUAGCCUGGGUAGAUGCAUUCGGUGCUGUUUGGGUGGCUGGAUGGAAGCAAAAGGAACACCCAGUGCUGUACAAUGCCCUUCACAUUGGUGAUCAGUUACUAUCCAUAGCAGGUGUUACUAUAACUUCAGCAGCCGAGGCUAAUAAAAUCAUCAGGAAUACAAAUACGCUUUUUGUGGAAGUUCUGGUUCGCCGCAUUCCGUUUGGCAGGGGCUAUGCCAUACGCCGCGAAAGAGAGGGGCAAUGCUUAGGAUUAAUACGCGAUGGCAAUACUGCUACCAUUGUCGAUGUUGUGCCAAAUAGUUUAGCAGCAAGGCAUGGCUUACCUCCAAAGGCUCAAUCGUGCGAUGGAACAACUUUAACCUUUUGGGUACUAACCGAAAUAAAUGGCCGCCCCCUGAACUUGUUCUUUAAGGAUAAUGAAAUACGAGAUCGUCUAAAUUCGGUGGGUCGUGACAUAUCCAUAUUGGUGCAGCCGUCCGAUUUAAUAACAAAGCUUAAAAAACAAUUAAAGUCAUUGCGCGGCUAUAAGGAUUAUUUGGUGCAAUAACCCUAAAUGAAUUAAGCGGCAAACAGCUUAAAAUAAUACACACAUUUAGCAGGUGGAAGACAUUUCAAAUCUCAAGUAAUAACUUCUCUUCUGUAUGCAAAGUGCCCACUAUUCCUUUUUCUUCUUCUUCUUGUAUCAUUGCGAUUUGUUGGUAUUGAUGUAUCACAAAUCUACAUUAGGGAUAUAGCUUAAAUUUUACCAGUAUCGAUGUUUAAAUUUGCAGAUAUUUCUCUAGCUAUUAAUUUUUCCCAGUGGUCUAGUUCGAGAAAGGUGGAACUUUGCAUACAAAAUCAUUUAUUUUCGUUUACUCAUUACUGUAACAUAUUCCUCGCUUUUGAAUUCUUUAAGAAUUAAAAGCGAAUCAUUUUGCUUUUAAAAAAGUGUAAUUGUCUCAAGAAGUUUUUAGUAGAAAAAUGUAUUAUGUAACUUAUAGUCAGUAUAUAAAUCAAAAUAAGAAACGUUUAGGCAUACAUAUUAUACACAUUUUAGAAGAAAACUUGUAUUUAUAACUUUGAUUUUGUAUUGCAUAUACAUACAUACAUAUAUUACCUAGCGGAAACAAAUCAUUCAUAUAGGCAUAUAUACAAUCGUUCAUACAUAUAUCUUCAUAAAUAUACAUAUAUAUUUUUGCAAUCACAUAUAUUUUAUAUAUACAACUAAUCGUAAGACUUUAUAUAUAUACAUAUGAUACAUACAUAUAAAAAAUAUAGUUAAUUACUUUCUAAUUCUAUUUACCAAAUAAUACUCACAAAUCAACACAUUUGCUAUGGGUUUUGGAAAAAUCUAUUUUACGAAUGAAAUGAAACAGAAAUCAGCAGCAAAAUUGUUAUUUGGUAAUUAAGUGCAACAAAACAUGUAAAUUUACGAUUCAUUCACUAAUGACUAAUUGGAAAAUGUUGUUAAAUGCCUCUAUUGUCUUACUUAAACAAAAAAACAAUUGAUUACAAAAAACACUAAACUUUUAACUACGACACUUCUCAAACAAUUAUCAUUCAUCUUUGGUGAAAGAAUGUGGCUAAAAAUAUUUAUUAGUUCUUCGUUCGAUUUGUCAAAUCAGAUGCAAUAUUAUAGUGCCUAAUUUUUGUUUAGUAAUGAAAUGACUCAUCAGUUUUAUGUUUGUCCCACUUUUUGUGAUUGAAUGAAAAAUUGAUUUUUGAACGUGAUAUACAUUUUUAUUUCCAUUAGAACAUAAGUAAACAAAUUCCAUACAUUUGAUCUUUUUCCUAAUUAUACAAGCAAUAAAGUAACUAAUUACCAUGA